UUCUCAAAAUUUCGGUACUUCUGCAAGUUUGUUGUUCUUCAGCUCUGAUUUCCCGGUGGGCAAAAGAGCUUUCUUACAGAAGAACAGCUACUCUCGGGUUUUCUCAAUGCUUAAAAUGUUGGCGGUUCGUAUUCCUCACUCUCAACUUACCUACCACAUCCACAUGAAAGCAGCUUCUUCUGCCCUUCCUUCUAUCUGCUCAGUUUGGUGCCGGAGCUCAUGCUUUGAGGGUUUUCGUUUUGGACCCCGUUCGGUUUGAGGUGUUUGUGAGAGGGGGAAAAUGGACGACCGGAUGAAGAAAUACCGGCAGACGAGCCCGGAGAGGGCAAGAGUUUGGACGGAGCCGUCAACUAAGCACCAAACUAGAAAAGUUCCUGUUGUUUACUAUCUAUGCAGGAAUCGACAUCUCGAACAUCCUCAUUUCAUGGAGGUUCCACUCUCAUCUUCCAUGGGUCUCUACUUGAGAGAUGUUAUUGAUAAGCUUAAUGUUCUUAGAGGAAGAGGCAUGGCUUCCAUGUACUCGUGGGCUUGUAAGAGGAGCUACAAAAAUGGCUUUGUUUGGCAUGAUCUGUGUGAAGAUGACCUGAUUCUUCCUACUAAUGGAAAUGAAUACGUUCUCAAAGGUUCCGAGCUCUUCGAAGAAUCUCAUUCAGAUCGUUCUCAUCCCACUAUUUGUAAGAAGUUGCCAUGUUCAAGGCAAUCACAAGAACACAGAUCAUAUCGAAGCCAGGAGGCUGCUUCAUCUUCUUCAGGCAUGAUGGUUGUAAAGGGGGUAAAACCUUCUCAAGAAGAUGAAAUAUCUUCUCUGCUUCAACGCACAAGUUCCUCUGACAUGUCUCCGGAUUCUAGAGUUGGAAACAACCACUUGUCAUGUGGGUUUAGGAGCCUAACAGAGUACAAGGUCUGUAAGGGGGCCCAAGCAGCUGAUGCUUCAACACAAACUGAGGUGGUUAGUGUGAGGAGAAAUAAGGCCCCAGAAACUUGUACAAGAGGUGUUUCAACUGAUGAUGGAUCAAUAGAGCUUGAAUGCAAUGAGAAUCCUGAGAACCAGAUUCCACAAGCUAAGGAUAACUCUGAGUUGUGUAGGGAUGAGAUCUCCCCACCUCCAUCUUCUUCGAGCACUUCUUCUUCUGGUGGAAAGGCAGAGACUUUGGAGUCUUUGAUCAGAGCUGAUGCUAAUAAGAUCAGUAGCUUCAGGAUACUUGAAGAGGAAGAUAUCCGAAUACCCUCCACUAUGAAAUUCAAGCCUGCAAACAUGUUGAUGCAAUUGAUCUCCUGUGGGUCUAUCUCAGUGAAAGACCACCAUUUUGGCCUCAUACCUACCUACAAACCUAGUUUUUCUGAUUCAAAAUUUCCCUCACCAUUGUAUUCUAAUACAAUGAUGGUGGGAGAGCUUGAUUGUCUGUCAGAGAAUCCAAGACUGAUGGGAUUGAGAUUGGAAGACAAAGAGUAUUUCAGUGGAAGCUUGAUUGAGACUAACACUUACAAGGAAGAAGGAGAUGGACCAAGUGUUCUCAAAAGGUCUUCAUCAUACAAUGCUGAAAGGACUUGUAAGACAUCAGAAUCAGCAGGUGACAAGGAGAGGGAGACUGAUGUUGCUUAUUCAAAAGGCAUCCCUCGAACUAUCAAAUCCUCUCUGUGUAAGCAGCCAAGGAACGAAACAAUGAGAUCCCCUGUUUCAGAGGGGCCCAGGAAUUCCUCGGCAGGAGCAGAUGGUUCAUGCAAUGGUGGCAGCAAGAGAAUCACAGACCCUUCCUCAGAGAAGCAACCAUCAAAGAGACUAGACUCCUUCAGGGAGGAGAAAGUGAUAACAAUUGAAGAAAGGCUUGCUUCAGGAGCUCGGGUUAUAAUUCAAUUGAAGGCCCCUUGUGAUGAGAAUGAAGGCACCUCAUAGAAGGUGGGAUUGGGAUGAUCGACCAAUUCUUUUCUUCCAGAGAUGAUUGAAAUAUACAUAUGUUGUUUCUACUAAUUUGCAGGGAGGGUUGAAUGGGGACUAAUAUUUAGAUA